UUCGAGUAGUGUUUACGCUACCGCGCAAAAAAAUUUUCCCACUAUUUCUCCCCGUCAUUCGGCAUAAUUUGCCGACAAAGCCCAUCAACUCAAUUAAUACAAUCAAUAAACUUCAGAAUUCCAUUUUGUGAAUUGGAGACCCCCGGUGGAUGUCCAAAUAAAUAAUAAAAAAAAAAGGCGCCACAACGUCAAAUGGAGGCAAUUGUGCACGACGCCGAUGUCCCGCGUACAGAUCACAACGUGCUCUCACAUCAGUGUCAUUAUUCCAAUGUUCUUUACACCAUGUGCUUAACCUUCGAUUAAUUAUCGAACAUUAAUUAACCAGUGAAUGAACGUUGUUCGGGUAUUUGGGGAGUUUGAUUGGGAUUUUUACCGGGAAUUUUUUUGACGGUUAAACGAGUGACAAGUGCACGUGAGGUAAUUCACCGGGUGUGUAAUUAUUUCAGUGAUUGAUUGAGCUUCGACGUGAACUGAUAGUCGAUCGAUAAUUGGUCGAUGGACUCUCGUGAGUGACAGUGAAUUUUCCACCGGUUUUCGUGGUUUUUUUUUUUUUCAUCGUUUUGCAGUUUGUGAAGUGAAAGGAUCACAAUGCUUCCUCCAGCUGCUUUGCACAUGGAGCAGAGGAUAAAUGGUGAUAGGACAGGUAUGCAGGAACAUCAUUCACAUCAUCAUCAUCAUUCCCAUCAUUUGGAUCAUCGUCGUGGGCAGAAUGGUGGCAGGGACUCGAGAUUUACUCACAGGCCGGCAGUACUGUCGCCAGGAAGAGAACGUUUUCCAUCAUCAAGCAGCACAGACGACGAUCAGAGUGGCUCUGACGUUGAACACGACACCUCAGCAAUUCGUGGCAAGCCCCACUCUGGUAUUUUACAUUCGGGUAAUCACUCGGUGAGGAAACGUCGUGGUAAUUUACCAAAGCAUUCAGUCAAGAUACUGAAGAGAUGGCUAUAUGAGCACAGGUACAACGCAUAUCCCAGUGACAGUGAAAAGCUAACGCUCAGUCAAGAAGCUAAUCUCACUGUACUCCAGGUGUGUAACUGGUUUAUAAACGCAAGACGUCGUAUUCUACCGGAAAUGAUACGACGAGAGGGACACGAUCCAUUACAGUACACAAUCUCAAGAAGGGGUAAGAAAAUGCCAGGCGGAAGUCACCAGCAGGCAUCAGGACUCAGUCCAACUGCCAAUCAGGAUUGGGAUUCACUUGCUCCAGGUGUACCAGCUAAAAGACGUAGGGAUCACGAUUAUGAGGAUCACGUCAUGUACAGGAGUGAAGAAGACAGUCCUAACGAUUACGAGAGCAGUUCUCACAGCGAGGAGGAACGACCCUCAGCCCAAUGGCCAAGUGUCAUUGUUUAUCCAUUCUCCGAAACUAAAGUUGAGCCAUCGAAUGAAUUAAGUUAUGGCGAGGCACUAGAUCAUCCAGCCCGACGAGGGGAGGAUGAUACAUCAGUCCCAGAAGCAGCCUAUUGGAGUGCACCUCGCCAGCAUUUAUCAUCAACCCCAGAAGUUAAACACGAUGGUGAAGUUUUCAGUAGCCGCAAUAGUCACACCCACAGCGAUGAAACACCACCGCCAACACCACCUGAGGAGGACAAGGACAAGUUUAAGUGUCUUUAUCUCCUGGUGGAGGCUGCGGUUGCUAUCAGACAGCAGGAGAAGGAACGUGAAGCCACUGUCACUGUUCAACAUAAUAUUUCACCAAAAGAAGGAGAAAUGAGUGAAAUCAACGAUUGAAACCAUCAGUCACAUCUCCAACUUUGAUGUCUACAGUUGAUCGAAAUUGUUGGGAUUAUUUUUCGCUGGUUCUCAUCGUUCCUCAACUUUCUGACGUCGAGGGCCUUUUUCUCCCCCUCUUCCAUUUUUUUUUUUCGUUCUUUCCCAGCCUCGAUGUCGCAAUUCAGUGAGCAUUACGUUAGAAUAUAUCAUUUGAACUCUUUCAUUUAUUUUUUUUUUAUCUGAUCGAGUUAUCAGGAGUGGUAGUUUGACGUUAUCACUCGUGUUUAUCUGUUUUGUGGUUACAAAAAUUGAGAAUGUGUGAGAUGAAUUGAGUUUUUGUGAGAUGGAGGGGGAAUUGUUGUUGAGAUUUUUAGAUUAUUGAGGAUGUCUCCGAGGGGUUCAGGGGGAAAUGUCAUUUCAUGGUCUACCAUUGAAAUCUGACAGUUCUCAAGUGGUAAAAAAGAUUGAUCGUAUUUGCCGGUUUUAUUCUCGAUUUUUCUUGGAAACUGUCGAUUUUUGGAGAAAACGUUGGAGGACUUUAUUGUUGAUCAUUGAUUUUCGAAUAGAGAAGGUCUUUUGAUCGUUUCUUCUAAACCCAAUGGUUUUCAGAUAAAUCGAUAUUUAAUGAAACUAAUAAAAGUCCAAUUAUGGUUUUUUCCAUCAACUUUUCCCUCUCUUCAUAAAUUUCCAAUCCAAAUUAAUUAUUAUUCUCAGAUCAGCAAAAUUUGAAUUUUCGGGAUUAACCUUCGAGUUCCAUUCUAAAUUAACACAAUUAACGUUAAAACUAUCGAGACUCUUGAAACUCGAGAUAGAAAAAUCAGAUGCCAAGUGUUAAAUCGGUAUUUGAUGAAUUCCUCGUCAAUUUUUGCUGGAUGUCUUUAACCUCAAUAGAGAUAUCCCCAGAAAUGACAGCUUAAUGUAAAGUUCGAUUAGUUGAUUGGUUUUUCUUUAUUUACAUAACGAUAUCACAUCGAAAAACCAUCAAAAAUAAUUGUUUCCACCCUCCCAACAUUUCGAUAGAAACGUGUGCCUUUGUGAGCGUCAAUUAUGAGACUAAAAAUCGCAGAAAUUUUCAAAUGCCAUUGAAUAGGUUGCAGUAAUUAACAAAUGAUAUCAAUCAUCAAUCAAAAAUUGCUCAUACCUCGAGCCCUUCUCAACCAUUAAAAUCCAAACGAAUGUUUAUGGAUUAGGAAUGUUAAUGUGAACAUACAAACAAUUGUGACAAUUAUACGUAAUUCGGUUAUUUAGUGCGUAAUUUCUCAGAUAAUUGUAAUAAAAAUGAAAAAAAAAAAAAACAAACAAACAACUAGGAAGACUCGGGUUUAUUUCCGCCAUAGAAUGACCACGACCGAACGUUUACGCAGGAUUUCAACGAAUUUACGAGGUUCAUUAUGCCAUAUUAAUUAUCUUCCAUUUAUUCGGUGAUAAUAAAUCGUCUUGAAGUGAUAUUGUCCAAGUCGAAAUUAUUUUGCCCGGUAAUUAUGCAAAUAUCUCAGUGAUGACGACUUUACAGAAAAGCAUUGAUUUUUUCGUCGGUACAGAUUGCCACUGAGAUUUUUUGAGAAUUAAUUAAAAAAAAAUUCAGUAACGAAGCGGUUAAUGGUGAUAUGUCGGCUUUCCUCGGCGAGCUUUUGAGGAUUAUCUCGAAAUCUGAGUGAGAUAGAGAAAUUGUAGUGAGGAGCUCAUUUAUAGAGUGAAAUGAGGGCUACCAGAAAGGUUCCUACGAUAUUUUUCAUAUCUCAGUUAGAUAAAGAGAUAUCCCUCGAAAACUUACUCUUCAUUACUGAAUUGAAUGAGUUGAGUUUUCAAGUUUCAUAAUUUCGAUUAUAUGAAGUAGUCCUGAAUCUCUAGAAGAUUGAUUCCCUCUAGAAUCACCGAUUUAUUAAUCCUCAGAGGAACGAUGCUCAAAAUGAACUUCCUCAUUUCCUUCUCCAUUCGUACUUCUCCAUUUUUCCUUAUUUUUAGUGACAAAAAAUCAUUUUUUCCACAUUCGACAUAUCAGUUCUGCAAAAAAAAUUUUUCUUUGUAUUUCUCUUCGUUUUACUCUAUUCAGGACCCGCACUUAUGUAUCCGGAGGCCAAUGAAUUGAUUAAUUCUGCAGUGGAGUGGAAAAAUUGGAGAAAAUCUCAACACGAUUUCAGUAGCGAUGUGACAAAAUCAGAAGUUCAGUUCUUCAGUGAAUUUUUCGGGAAUAUCUCCGACACUAAAGAAGAUAACGAAAAUAUUGUAGGACCUUUUCUGUAGCUCUUAAUUAGCUCCAGGAAAAAGGUCCUGACAAGAAUUUCAUUACCUGUUUUAGUUUCGAAGUUAUUUCCAAAAAAACUGAAAAGUUGAGUCGAUUUUUCUCAUUUAUCUCCAAGCUACAGAUUUUCUUCCAUAAUUUCUUAAUUUCUUCAAUAACUAAUUACUAGAUAAAAAAACCACUUACACUUGAGAUACUCUUCAAUGUCAUGUGAGUGCCACUUCGCUCCAGAAUUUCUGUUGCGAUAAAUCAAGUGAGAUACAAAUUGAAAGAAAUAAAUAAAAAAAAAAAUGCCAGAAAACUGUUAUCCGUUAUCGAAAAAAAAAUAUAUCAUGGAAAGAUUGGUACAAAUGCCAAAGACUUACUUAACUAAUAGUAAUUAACUAAUUAAUUCCCGCGAAUUCUGUGGAUCAAUUGAUCAUUAAUUUCAAAGAGUGAACGAGCAUUAACAUGAGUGUGAUUAGUGAGUGAGUGGAAAAACCACAACAUUUUUUUUACAAAAAAGACAUUGAAAAAAUGAUCGUUCCCCCAGCCACGAGAAAAUCGAUACAAAACGAAUAAAGCGACGAAAAAUUGAAAAAUGUACAAAUUAAUAUCUCAAGUAAUUUUAUUUACUACCAUCAGUCGUCGUGGUCGUAGAAUAGUUCCACAUAGCCUUAAGAAUUUAUUUUCAAUUUUUUAAAGGGGCAAAAGGCUCAAUCAACAUUCGCAUUUGCGAUUGAAAAACUCAAUAUGAACGAUAAACCGAUGAAAAUCACCCGAACCCAUCGACUUAUCGAUCAUUUAUCAUCGAGUGACGAUCAAUCGUCACCAUGGUGUCGUAUACUUAAAAUGAAAAUAAUUGACCUCAAUAAAUACCACCUUAAUUAGUAAAAGGCAACAGAACAAGAAAAACGCUCAGAUAAAGUUAAAAACAGGAUAAUGACUGAUGGCUAUUGGUUAUUUAUACGUUUUUAACAAGAGUGACGAAUAUUUUCGUAAUGAACAAUUAAUAAUCAGUAGGGAGAAUGAAUGAAGUCAUCUUGGACGCUGUUAAUGUUAUUACUGGACAAUUUUAAAGUUAAAAAACAAUAUUGUUAACUAUUUGGAUAAAGAGAGAAAACGUGAUUGGGAGUCUCAUACGUACGGCGAAUAAUGUAUAAUAUUGGGAGUUCUUAGAUUUUAAAACAUUCGUACAAAAUUGAGAAUGAGGAGAUUAAUGGAGGAAUUUAUCGAUGGAUUAUUGGUGCGUUGAAGUGAUUGAAGAUUAUUGUUAAUUACUCGUUUAUCUCGCUUUGAGGAGAAAUUGUUGAAAAAAAAAAAUUGCUCUAGCUUUUUGCUGAAAUCACUCAUUACGAAAAUUCCAUAUUCCACUCGACAUUUUUCGUGUUGAACAGAUAUUUCGUAAUUACCAAUGAGAUACCUGAUUUCACUUCGAUGCCUGAUUAUCCUGAAGAAACAACCAGUUGUCACUGCCGCUUGAGCGUUCAAAGUGUCUUAAUUAAGAUUUAUCUCCAAGGUAUCAGAAAAAAUAAGGAAUAAAAUUCGUAUUAGAGUUCGAUGGAUGAAGAACUCAAUAGAGAGGGGUGUAUUAAUUCAAGAAUUCAAUGCUCUUGUAUUCGUAAUGAGAUAAAGAUUAAGAAUGCUAUGGCUAGGGUAAGAUUAUGCGUUUAAGGGUGCCUUUGUUUACAGUUUGUUUAUCAUUUGUUUAUAGCUCUUCCACGCAAACGAAAAAGAAAAUAUGAGAGAAAUGAAUUUCUCGAUUUAUCAGAUUAAUGAAAAUGUGAAUUGAGUGAUUUAUCAAGAGAAAUUAUUUGUUAAAAAUUACUUUUCUUUUUGUUUAAUUUAAAAUUCAUUACGAGCGUUAGAAUUAAUUGGUAAAUCAUUAAUAAUUAAGUUUUAAGUACUUUUUAAGCGGAAAUAAUAGUUGAUACGAAAUAAAAAGGAUUAAAAUGCUCUUCCUGAACUACUGAGAGACUAAAGUGAAUCAAUUUAUCAAUGCAAUUUAUCCAGUUACAUUUAUCAAUGAAAAUUUUAUGUUUUCUGUGAGAAGAUUCGUCGGGGAAUUUCGGUUGACCUGGUUAUCCCCUAGAUUUGUUUAUACCGGUAUAAAUUUUAUUCAAAAAUUGACAGUGAAAAUCAAGGGAAAUCCGAGAGAAAAUUCCACCACAAUGGAACUUCGAAGGAUUAAUCGUGAUGUGAUGGAGUGAAAAGAGCUGGAUUCAAGUACUUCAAUCAUUAUUUCAUGAAUAUAUAAAAAAAAAGGAGAGGAGAGGCGGGGGGGUAAGUCUUUACGUUAUACGAAUUUCUCUCAGCAUUCACACCGCAUUCAUUUAUUAUCGAAAUAUUCACGGAAUAGAAGGGAAAAAUUGCUGUUCAAGCGGUAAUUUAUCAUCAUUACUUAAAUCGAUUGAAACGCAACAAGUAGGAACGCCUGACUUGUAAUUUGCGCCUAGCCGCAUGUAAAAAUUGCUCUCAACAAUGACUAUACUAGUUCAUAAAGCUGUAGCAGGAUUUAAUUCUCGAUGACAUAUUCAUGCAUAGACAAUAAUUCAUAUUCCCUAAAAAAAAAAUCCUCUUUUCUAGUUUUACAACGUAAUGUACAGGUGCCAUAACUGAACGUACGAUCGUAAUUUGGUCACUGCUAUUCUGAAUGAUUGAGUAAUCAUAAUUUAAUGAUAAUUAUGUAAUCUAUUAACAAUUGUUUUUUUUUGUUUCAUCUUUUAUUAUUUUUUUUUUCUCUAUUUUUACGCAAGAAUUGUUAUGUCGGGCAGGACAUGGUUUAAAGGUGGGCUUUUUCCAUUCCUCACUGCGAGAUUGAUAAUUGCAGGAGGGAAGUGGCUGUUGAUGGGGUGAGGCGAGGUGGGGGAUCUUUAAAUCAUGGAAAUGCUGAUUAUUAACGUAAUCUAGGAGUAAUGGUAUUAUAUUUCAUUAUUAUUCGAUUCGCAGACCUACAA